AUGUCCGGGCAGACAUAUAUAGAGGGAUGGCCUGGAGUUGAGCCAGUCCUUUUUCUUCUUUCUCUAUCGACUCUGUCACUCUCUCCUCCAGCCAUGUUUUGGAUUUCAAUGAAAAACGAGCCCAAGCAGGUGCUCAACAGAACCCUGUGGUUCGCCAUCUUCGUCUUUGGUCUUCUGGGAACCUCCCGAGGUCUCGACGAGGGAAACAUUUCCGGUACCGUUGCCCAGCCAUCUUUCAUCUCCAAAUUCAAGCUCCAUGACCCCAGUCUAUCCAAGGACGCCCAGGCUAACUUGCUGUCCAACAUCACCAGUAUGGUCCAGAUUGGCUCUGUUGCCGGAGCUCUUAUCGCUAUGCUCAUUGUCGAUCGUAUCGGCCGACUGUGGGCUCUCAGAGAAAUGCUUGUCAUCUGGAUUGUCGGUGUCAUCGUCCAGAUUACCUCCAACAAUGUCGGUCAACUGUACGCUGGUCGUUUUGUUGCCGGCAUGGGUAUCGGUCAGUCUGUUGUCAUUGGUCCCACCUACCUGGCUGAGAUUGCUCCUCCUCAUGUCAGAGGUCUGGCAACCUGUGUCUUCUCUGGUUCCGUCUAUCUGGGAGUCAUGCUGUCGUACUUUGCCAACUAUGGUACCACUCUGCACAUCUCAAACACCUCCCGGAACCAGUGGGUCAUCCCCACCACUCUGCAGAUCAUCUUCUCUGGUAUCAUGCUGAUUGGCUCUAUCUUUGUCCACGAGUCUCCUCGAUGGCUCAUGAAGAUCGGCAAGGAAGAAGAGGCCGUUGAAACUCUGUGCAAGAUCCGUAAGCUUCCCGCCGACGAUCUCUACGUCCAGGGCGAGAUUCUCAUGGUGCGAGAGCAGAUUGAGCGAGAAAAGCAGGCUAUGACCGGCGCCUCAUACUGGUCGCUGUUCAAGGAGCUGCUGGCUACCCCUGCCAACCGGUACCGACUCUUCCUUGGUCUCAUGAUCCAGAUUCUGGGCCAGUGGUCCGGAGCCAAUGCCAUUACCAUCUAUGCUCCUUCCUUCUUCCAGAUGAUCGGUGUCAGCGGCCAGCAGCAGAAGAUGUUCGCCACGGCCAUUCUUGGAGUCGUCAAGUUCGCCGCCUCCAUUAUUUGCGCCGUCUUCCUAAUCGAUACCAUUGGCAGACGACGAUCUCUCUACUCGGGUAUCACUCUGCAGUUCAUCUCCAUUCUGUAUGUGGCCAUCUACCUGGCUGUGGUGCCCAACAACGACCCCUCGCGGAUCAAGUCUGCUGCCGAGCGACAUGCCGGAGUCGGCGCCAUUGCCUUCAUCUACCUCUCGGGUGUGGGCUGGGCUCUCGGUUGGAACUCCAUCCAGUACCUCAUCAACGCCGAGAUCUACACUGUUCGGCACAGAUCUCUGGCGUCCGGUCUCAUCAUGACGGUCCAUUUCGCCAACCAGUACGGCAACUCCAAGGCUCUGCCUUCCAUGCGACUGGGAAUGACCGACACUGGAGCCAUGUUCUUCUUCUCCGGGAUCAUUCUCGUCGGUCUGGUGUGGUCCUGGUUCUUCCUGCCCGAGGUCUCGGGCCGGUCUCUCGAGUCCAUCGACGAAAUGUUCUCGCUGCCUUGGUAUCUCAUUGGAAGACGGGGCCACCAGAUGGUGCCCGAGACUUCAGCUGCUGUGCAGAUUGCCGCCGACGAGGAUGAGAAGAAGGGCGGGGUGGUCCAUGUGGAGAACUGCUAG